AUGUUUAUCUCUGAUCCUGCCAAGCUGGCCAACCCCCUCUCUGAAGCGCAUAGCGAACUCUCCACCCUCCAGAACCGGGAGGGAAAUUCGGAGAGCGGAUCAACUUCAGACCAUGCCGCAUCACGCACCUUCUAUCUGCUCGGUAGUCAUCAGUCCGACUCCGACCCCGACAUCUCCCCAAUCUCAGAUGGUCACCCUCCUGCCCGAUCUACCUCUGUACUGGCCCGUUUCUUCCCCGAACUAUCAUCUAGCUGGCAUGCUGUGUCCCCAACAACCCCCGAUGUGAUGAAACAAAAUAUGAAGUCGCUGGACUAUGCCUCGAUAUUCGAGAAUGAACGUGAAGAUCGACUCAAGACUUUCUAUCAAAGCCCACAGGAGAGCAAAUUCGGCGAAGAAGCGGAGAAAACGAAUCAAAGAAGCCCAGAGAGUGGCAAGAGCCGUGAUUCUGGACAAGGCAGUCUGUCUGACUGCGCGUCCUCUAAUUACAGUCACCGCACGUCUCUUACCAGUAUCAACAUUGACUGUCUCAGCGAACGAAUCGCGUAUAAGCCAGCAGAUACAUAUUCCAUGUUUAACCCUGUUUCAGCGGGUGUCUUUGAAGAUGCAUCAUCAAUGUACUCGCAGGCCCCAUCCGUUGCGUUACCAGUCGCCCAAGGGGAGCCAAGAAGCGCAACCAGCAUCCCUCCCCCACGAACAGGUCGCCUGGCCCCGAAGAUGUCGAUCGAAGAAUUGAAGAACAAAGCUUUACCACUGGAGCCGAUCCGAGAGCCCAGUCCGCUAGGGAUCCGCCGCCCCAGCCCCUCGUUCCAUAUUUCGUCCACGUCGUGUUCGCAUGCCUUGCAUUCAACACAUCGAUCGAGCCCAAAUCACUCGGUGAACAUUCGACGGCAACAACAUGAAGAGUUUUGUUUUGAAUGUGGAAAUCAUCGCAAGCAACAGCCGCGCCAUGGGACCAUAUCAGGACGGUAUCGGCAAUCGCAGGGUCAAAACAUGCGCCGCGGGCAGACGAUGUCGCAGGCCACAGAAGAGCUGGAAUAUGCACUGGCCGAUUUUACUAAGGGCUUUGCGAGUCAGCAACGAACCGUCCUCAUUCUGGAUGGACCUCUCCAAGUCAGCCGACACAAUGGUGACCUGGUAGCCAAACGCCCAGCUCCUCGGCCUCCACCUCUAGCGCCUCAUUCAAAGUCGCAUCCAGGAGGACCAUCGAUCUUUCUGCGACCAUCCAAGAGCCAAAAAAGGUUGUCAAACAAAUUGCCCAAGAACGAAAGCACGAGAAAAGAGCAUAGACCGAGUAAUCUGCAGUCCAUUAGUGAGACUUCGCCCAAAGGAAAGGCCUCCAAGACGGCCGAAUCGAGUGUUUCCUCGACAAAGAGAAGCACAAAGGCCUCCAAAGCAAUCGAGGAGCACAAAGGACGGCGGCUUCAAGCCACGCCGAAAUCCAGCGAUGAGAAAAAGGGAAAAUCGAAGGUCAAAAAAACCUUCACAUUGUCGAUACCGUCGUUCAGUCGUAAAACUUCCAAUGCACACCUGCGGAACCAGGAAGAAGAUCAUCGCCUCGAUGCUCACAGCUCGGGGUCAGAAAAUCUGUCGAAACCAACGUACAGUCGUGAGUGCCAUUCGCCUCACCAAGCUUCCAAUUCGAGCUUGACUUCCAACAAGCGAGGUGAACUCCUCUUACAACUUCCCCGCCUUCAGACCCAGGACUUGAAAACAUGUAGCCUUAUCGACAAUCAGACUAGCGAUCAGGAACAGUACGCCACCCGCCCCGCAGGCUUAUACUCGGCCAACACUGCAGCUGAUGCCGCACUGCACCCUCUACUACGCCAGCAGCAUACACAUUCCACCCGAUCGGAUCUACGAACUGGACGCGAGUCCGCCUUCCCUGUCAGCGCGGCCCAGGCCCGAGCCGCAAGUUCAAAUAAGCAUGUUCCGAUCAAGGUUGACUUUCCGGUGGACCUACCGAAAAGUCUCGUCAUAGCAAUUAUGAAGCAAAUUGAUUCCCUUGACGAUCUUUUUGAUUUCGUCCUUGUCAACAGGCGUUUCUAUUCUAUCUUCAAGCGCCGAGAGCUUUCUCUGAUCAAAAGCGCUCUAUUCGGAAUGUCGCCACCAGCGUGGGAACUGCGUGAGAUGAGUCCACCAUGGGAAAACGAGUGGACACCCCUUCUGAAUCCUGAUUCGCACGUUCCGGAAUACACACCUACCUCGUACUUGAAUCGUUAUGCGACCGACAUUUAUACUCUGGCCCGGCUAAAAUCUAUGAUCCUUGUUCGAUGCUCUUCAUUCCUCCGCCGCGACACCAUACACGGCCUGUCCGGCGCUGAUCCAAUUCGUCUUGAAGAAGUUGACGACGCAUUUUGGCGUAUCUGGACCUUCUGCCGUAUCUUCGGUAGCGGAAAGGGUCGCGAAAACGACCUAGAGGGACAAGUGGACUGGCUGAAGGGUGGCGCAAAGGCUAGAAAAUAUACUGGCGCGACUUCAACCAUGACAGAACCUUUCAGGAUGAACAACAAUUUAUUUGAACCACCCGAGGGCUUUGCUCGUGGAAACUGCGGUGGCCUGUCGCAAAACCAGCUGUAUUAUAUGAUCGAAAUUUGGACUUGUUUGGGCGUGCUGUUGCAGGAUCUGCACGCAAAGGUCGCCGAUGCGAGAGCUGUUGGCAUUUUGGAUUGUAUGUGUAUUGCAGGGGGUGAUAUUGUGCAGGAAGAAAGUGCAAUUGAGGAAUGGACAUCUUACAUUCUCACACUGGGCCUUUCGGCUGUCUUGACUCUCAGCUCUCAGUGUCCCGCCAAAGGCGCGGCCGAAACUUUGGAAACAGCCAAGUCGCUCGGUCUGACCAAAUGGGAAAUGACGGAAAGCGAAGUCAGUCGGUCAUCGUUUCUCAAGGAGGCAAUCUCUCGCGCCUACGAAGAGCAGGAGCGAGCUCUCAGCACACAAUCCAACAGCCCUCAUGACCUUAAUUCUCGCGAGCUAGACUUGACAAAUGCUGAGAUAGAGCGUGCACGAGAGCAGCGAAACCUCGCAUUCAAGAACGAGCUCCGCGCCCUUCGUCUAAGAAACGUUCAAUCGAAUAAGGAGCUGGUCUGUUCAUUCUCCAACGAACGUCCCAUGUCCGAAUACAGCGUCAUUGUCCGCAACCUUGAUGGAAGUCUACGCCACCCAUCAGGUUCAGCACAGGAAGAUAUUCCUCCGGUUCCUCCCGCCCCUCCUCUUAUUCUCAAUCGCUCGUCUACCUCAACGUCAAGCGCUACACCUCCUACUCCGAGCUACAUCCAUCCACCACCAAAUACCUCUAAGCCAUCCUUUUAUUUAUUUCCGCGCACCUCUUCCAACCACCCACCCUUAGCUCCCCCUCCCCUCAGACCUCAAGUCCAAGAUCCAGUCGAUCGUGCCAUGUAUAGGAUGGUACAUGAGCUAGGUUUCAACGAAGAUGACGUCAAAUGGGCUCUCAAGAUCACCGACACAGGCGAGGGCAUAGAUGGCCUCGCUGCCGAGCGCCUCCUCAAGGAAGAAAGGAGGAAACAGCAACGUGACCCUUUUGCACCUCGCGGUAAAAACAGCUUCCUUCAUUCUGUCAUGAAUCUUCAAGGAUCGCAGGAAUCAGGCUGGCGAUGGGCAUAA